GGGCAGAGCCGGCGGCCGCCGAGGGCCGGGCGGUCGCCCCCGCCUCCCCGGCGGAGCCCUGCGGCGCAUGCCUCCCGCUCCCCGGGGGCAGGGAAGGAAGCGCCGCCCGCCCCUGCACCAGCGCGGCGGGCAGCGGCGGAGCGGAGCCCGGCGGAGCGGUGAGCCCGGGCUCGGCCGCCCCCACCGCCAUCCCUCUCGGCCUCUCCCCGCGGCGGCGGCGGCCACAGGAUGGAAGAGAGCCCCGCUUGAAAAUCUGUUCCAUUGUGGACUUCGCUGUUGUCUGCUAGAAUGUUCCUUAUGAAUGCUUCUCCUCUGGUAGCUCUUCAGACAAAAUGGGAGUCCUUUGGACCAGCAAGGAAUUGUAGAUACCCCGUUUGCUUCUCUGAAUCCGAAGGGGACGUCACUAGAACCUCUGUAAGUGCGAAAGUUCAGAUGAUCAUAAACAACCUGCAAAGUCAAGAGUCUCCCCUGGGUAUGAACAAUGAGUAUGAUUGUAUUAUGCAGAAGAAACAAAAGGGUGAAAAGGGCACUAGUAACAGGGUCGCAUCUAGCACCGCAUUGCUACAGAAGCGUCCUCAGUAUACCAAGUGUGGAUGCCCUGCUGAUUCAGAUGACACUGAAGUGGAAGAGAACGUGGGGUUUGGGACUCUCUUGCUUGAUUCUGAUAGUGACGAUUCUGUUGACCGAGGUAUAGAGGAAGCUAUUCAAGAGUACUUGAAAGCAAAGAGCAGAAGUGACCAGUCAUUGCAAAGGAGUGCAGAGCGUUCUGAAAAUUUAAGCAGAGACAAAAGGUUUAAGAGAGAAUUCUCACAGAACAAAAUGGCUAGUAACCUGCUCCCCGUGAAAUUUAAAGCUGAGAUGCUCUCUGAAGAGUACCUGUCUGACCACCUGGGAAUUGGUAAAAGGCUACAACCUGCUUCCCCUCAGAGCAUCAGUAGCGAUGACUCUUUUGAACAGAGCAUACAGGCUGAAAUAGUGCAGUUCUUGAAUGAGAAGAAGCAGCAAGAAAUUAGUAAGUGUGUAACUGAGGAGGAUAAAAAAGAUUCCCAUGCCAGAUCUGUCCUAAAAUGCAACAAAGAAACAACAAACAAAACAAACUGUGGUGCUCUAAAGCAAGGUUGUAACGCACUCCUCUUGAGACACCAUGCCAAGCUACAGAAAACCAGCACACAGUCCAAGUGUUUGCAGUCCAAAAUCCAGGCAGAGCCUAGUGAUUUCAGCCAAGUGAACCAAGCGUAUCUGGAAAUGGCCACUGCCAGCCAGCCCUGGUUAGUAGAGCAAAAUGAAGAAAGUGGAGCUAAUUACUGGGAGACAAGAAGAGUGCUUAUCAACGAGAGCGUGCACGCAUCUGACUCAAGUAGCGAUGAUGGCAUUGAAGAAGCCAUUCAGCUUUAUCAGCUGGAGAAAAUCAGGAAGGAGGCAGGUCAUGCAACAGACUGUGUCCCUUUGCAGAGGGAACAAUUUGAUACAAAGGGGAUGGCAGACAUUUCUGCGAGCCUGACAAUUAGCUCAACAAAAAGUGCCUCACCAGAAAUUCAUAAAAGCCCUACAGGCAACAAGAGGAAAGAAAUUAACUCAAAGUCAACAGAAUUAGAAAGCACCAGCAAUGAAUUUAACAAUCUGUUUAAACCACUGAAAAAAGCCAGACAUUUUGCACUUCCAGAAAACAAGAUUGCUGCUUGUGAGCUCACAUUGCAGGCCUCUUGCAGAGCAGACACAUCUGCAGAACUCAUGUGUGCAGAAGCUAUCCUUGAUAUUUCCAAAACAAUCAUGCCAUCCCAAAUGGGAAGUGACAACAAAUCACUCACUGCAGACUACUCCUUUUCUCCCCAGCUUCUCUCGUCCUCCCAUUGUGAAAGUGACAGCAGCCUUGUGGACAGCGAUGACAGUAUCGAGCAAGAAAUCAGGGCUUUUUUGGCUCUGAAAGCACAGUCAGAAAACCUUGGAACAAAGCCUCCCAGCCUGUCACACUCAAUCCAGAUGCCUUUGCCUUCCGAUCAAAACAGCCUCACUGGUACCCUUGAGCCUUCUCUUCCCAAAACACUGAAGCUAUCACUGAGUCGUAAAAGGAGACUUAAAAGGGAAGGCAGAAUAGCGAAACAAGGGGCAUCAAAACCACCUGAGCAGCUGGACAUAGGACUUUUCCAGCCAGGUAGCUACUCAGGAUUUCCUGUGCUCCAAGAGGAGUGUGCCCUGAGCAGCCCCACAGAACUCUGUGAUGCUCAGAGGCUCAGCAGUAAAGAAACCAGGCAGCAGCAGCAGCUGAUGUCUUCCAAACUAACUGGAUCUGAUGGCAGAUGUUUGGCCUUGGACUCCGUAAAUCCUUUCAUGCAGGUUCAGAGUAGUGCGACAAAGCUCAUGAAAAAUACCAUCCAAACACAAGAGAGGGAUGGUUCGAAUGAUGAGAGCAGUUCUCUGGAUAGCGAUGAGGACCUUGAUAGUGCUAUCAAGGACCUUUUACGGUCUAAAAGAAAAUUAAAGAAGAAGUCCAAGGACCAGAAAUCUCAGUGCAAGAAGAGAGUCAGGUUUAGCGAGACGGAAACUCAGCUGCUAGAUGAAUUUAGUAGCCUCCAACAAAACGAGUGGAAAUGUAAAAAUCCCAUGCUACUGAAAAGCUGCCUCUCAAAACCUAGAAAAGCUGUGAAAGAGAAUGCAGUCAGAAAUCCUCCAGACAACAUAAAUGUCAAAUGUACCAGUGAAAAACCGGAAACCAUGAAGAACUUAGAGUUUAACUUACAACUUAAAAAAGGGUAUAAACCUAAACCAGUCUCAAACCAGAAUAACCUGCACGUAGCUAAAAAUAGAAAAGGUACUUUCACAGCUGUGUCAGAUGCUGAUGACAGCAGUUCAGUGGACAGUGAUGACAGCAUCGAACAGGAAAUUAGGAAGUUUUUGGCAGAAAAGGCUAAAGACUCUGCAAGCAAUCCAGAGAUACAAAAAGAUGAUACAACUCUGGACUUACUGAGAGUGACCAAACAAACUGCUAAUAAAGGAAAAGCAAAGCAACAGCCGGUUGAAAAUGAGAUUGACCUCAUGCUGGCUCAGAGUAAAAAGUCUGGGGUGUCUCAGCAAACUGAUGAGUUGAAGAACUCUCCGAGAACAGAAGGGAAAAGUGCAAUGUUACAAGGCAGCGGGAAAUCUGCUUCCUCUGCAGAGAAUGUUAAUCUUCAUACUACUGGUCAGUCGAAAGCUAAGCAAGGAGUGGUGGGGGUUAAAGGUAUUGCUGCUGGUGAGUUAGCUGGAAAUGCAACAGGUAAAAAGGAUGUCCCUCAUACAGAGUCAGUGCAGAAAACGCUUCCACCUAAAACCAGCAAAAAUGAAGGUUGUAAAGUACGAAAAGUAAUCAAUGCAAAGUCUAGAUCUAAAAGAAAGAAUACCUUUCACCUAAAAAUUUCGAGUAAAUUUAUUGCAGGUCUAAAAUAUGCUCGGGACAGGAAGAAGUCCAUGCUUUUGAACAAAAGGCAGAAAGCAGAGCGUUUGCUCGCCCAGAGCGGUGCGUUAGGGACAGAGGUUGCUUCACAGGAUACAGACAUGCUUAACCAGGGAAAAGAAGCCCCCUUGCCGAAAGGCGAACUUAGUGGGGAGAGUACGACAGCAAUAAAAGAAUCUAACUUCUCUCAGAAGCUCACUGUGGAAGUGUCAAGUACCCAGGUAGCAGAAACUUGUGAAAGCCUGGCGACUGCUCCUUUGUGUAUCGAAGAGGAAGCAGAGGGUUCCAGAAAGGCUAGUGCUUCAGGAGACCAGUCAGACUCACAUUCGAGUCUCCCCUUGCAGGAACAGAGCGUGGCAGCAGUAAAAGCAGAUAAGGUUUGCAGAGGAACAUCCAAAGCUGAGAACACAGAGAUGUGGAUCGAGGAAGGAGAUACCCACAAAGAUAGCUGGGCUGAUUCAGGUUUAGAUCCCCCAUGCCCUGAACACAGUACAGUAGUGGUAAAAGUGGAUAAAGUUAGCAGAGACGCAUCUCAGCAAAGUAUACACACGUGCAGUAAGGGAGACAAUAACCAGCAGGACAAGAGGCCAGAUCCAAGUUCAGGUUGCCCACUGCAGGAACUAAAUGUGACCGCAGUAGCAGCGGAUAAAACUAGUGGAGGAGCAUGUGCAGAUAACGGUGUGCAGAUGUGCAUUAAGAAGGAGGAAGUUAUCUGCCAGGACAGUGACAGGCAGGAAGAAAUUCAGGUCUCCAGCUCCAGUUUGGAAGGAAAAAUGCCUGUCCUGCAGAAUAGGGAAACUGCUUGUGAAGUGGACCAAGGGCAGGAAUUUUCAGACAAAACCUGUGCAGAAUUUACUGACCUACCUGCAGGGGACUGCCCAGAUUCCCUCUUGAAAAGAAAGGUUUCAAAUAUGGCUUGCAUUUCUACAGGAUGCUGUAGUUACUGUAGAUAAGAAGAUACUGGCUAAUCACGCUUUAAGUUAUGAGGCCUCGAGUCAUAUAUCAAAAGGAAACCUGUUUGUGCACAGAAUACAUUUGGCAAUCUGUUAGAGAACCUAGAAAAACACAGCAUUUGAUGGCGAUGCUACACUUUUGAAGCAGAUUAUCUGACAUCUGUUCCCGUUCAAGCCACAUUCAAGCUGCCUUAGGACAAUCCUGUGUCGUGAGGUCUCAGUUCUCCCACCCUGAGGACUGUUGGGCAAGUUCACUCAGCAGAACUCCGGCAAUGUCAGCACAGCGGUAGGUGGGGAGAUCCGUCCUUGAAGAUACACAUGCAAAUUCAGGGAAAUAAAGUGGAUCAGUCUGUCUGCACGUCCUGUGUAAAGACAUCUCAGCGGCUGAAAGUACCUUUUGAGUACCUGAAACCUCCCGCUAGCGGGUGAUUCCAAGCACAAUGGCAGUUUGAGAAAGUGAAGGAGUGUGUCUGUUCAGACAUCGUGAUUUCUGUGGAUUUUGCUAGAUUUCCGUACUGUUGGGCCUGCAAGGCUGAAACAAUUCCUCGUUAUUCUGAAGGCUGAUUUUGAUGCCCUGCAGUUACCCACAGGAUGGCUUUUGGUUUCCUGAAUGAACUUUCUUGAAUUGAGUGCCCUUACUUUCCUUUUUCAAAAGUGGUUUCUAGAAUGUUACAUUUCUGUGAACUUUUUAUUUUCAUUAACAAUUUUUGUGCAAUAGAACAAAGCUAGGUUUGCUGUAGGAAGUGUCUAACACAAACGCCAAGGAUAUUUUCAGCACUGUUCUUUCAUACUGGUAACACUUUGUCUGCCUCCAUUUCCAGCAGCCAGAAUAAAGCAAUUUUUCACUACUAUCUUUUUAUUUGUACUAACUUUAAAUGGGAUUGAAGUAGCACGUUCAUAUAAAAAAAAAAAAAGUGCCCCCACACUGGUUUCACUGAAAAAUCCAAGAAGUGUGAAUUUAAGCUAUUGGCUGGUUGUUUCCUUUUUGUUUGUGUUUAGUGAAGUCCUUUGAGUAGUUUGUUCUUACAUCUUGUCCCUGUGAAUUGAUGCGAUGUCUUCUCAAUCUGGUCUUCUACAGAAUUUCUCUCAGCCAAACUACCACUUAGUGUCAGUUUGUUUCUCAGUCAGUUCAGCAGCCUGGAGGCUGGCCUUAAUGUUGCAAAAUGGAGCAAAAGCAUCAAGAACAGAUCCAGUAUUGCAUAGUAUCCCUGGUGUGAUCGUGUUUGCAGAAUAUUGGCAAACUACGGCGUAGCAUAGAAUGGAACAAGUAACUGUGGCAUGUAGAGAAAUAAACAACAUCGUUUGUGUGUUUAUACUGUUGUGCAGUUACAUUUUAAACAUGUUUAUAGUGGUCACUUGACAUUUCUUACUCUCUGGCCACUUUUUUAUAGUCCUUUAGGUUGGCUGGUUGGUUUGUUUAUAAGAUGGGUGUGCUAGAUCAUCUCAUUUUUGUGGUAGGAUACUUUGGAAAAGUGUUUUUUACUUAGCUCACAUGCCUGCAGUCCCUCUACACAGGCAUAUACUUUUGUCUGCCUUGAUUCAGUUGCAGGAUUUGGGCCUUUUGUUUGGAAUAGGUAAAUAGGCUGGUAUUUUAAAAUAGAAGUUUUCCGAGUACCUUGCUUUAAAAGGAUUAAACCAUAUACUUAACUUUAAUAGACAUGGUGGAAGCACUAUGUACUGUUUGUAUAAAAUAAGCUGAAUGUUUCUCCUCAAAGUUUUCAGUAAAUCAACAUUAAGACUUAAAAGGUGUUUUGUGCCCCUGUCGAUGUGUCUGUGUUCUCAAUACUACUAGUGAACUGAUUCAGUUAAGAUACAAGUCUGAUUAUCUUGUGCUUUAAAUAAAACCUAAUUUUAAACAGCACUUUUUUAAAUUGAUAAACUUGAUUUGUAUAUAGGAAAUGGUGUACAUUGCUAAGUUUAUAAUGUUUAAUAAAUGGGGUUCUGACCAUGGACCAUGAAACCAGA